UUUUAAUGACGGGUGGGGAAGCAGUUACGUCUCUCUAUUAAAACGACUUAUUUUCAAAAAAAUAUAUAAAUUAAUAGGACAUAAAGGCGGGAGAUGUUUUAAUUCCGUGAUUCUCAAUUUUCUUAUACUUUCCAAAAUCAAAUCAAAAUUCUCAAAUCCUUAAGCCCUAAACCCUAAUUUCACUCUCUCUAUUAUCCUGCUUGCAAAAAUAUGGUGUUUUGUAAAUCAUGUCAUGAAGAUGCUCCUGGAUUUCGAGACACUACUGGCAUCUUAUCAUGCGGUAGAUGUGGCAGAGUUUUUAAAUUUGAUAAUUAUUCCGAGGAACCUACAUUUGGGAAAGAUAAAUUCGGCCAGAUCUCGGUGGGAACACAAAGGGUGCCGAGUAUUGAAACUGAAAACUUUUCAAGGCAGAGGUUAUAUGACAGAGCUUAUGAUGAUAUGAAAGACAUAAAAAAUGGAUUGGAAAUGGGUGAGAAUGUUGCUAUCGUUGACGAAGCUAUGGUGUAUUAUCGGAUAGCGGUUGAGCGAAAUUUCACCAAGGGGCGUAGAACAGAACAAGUGCAGGCUGCUUGUCUUUACAUUGCAUGUCGGGAGAACAGAAAGCCAUAUCUUCUCAUCGACUUUUCAAAUUUCUUGAGAAUUAAUAUUUAUGUGCUAGGUGCUGUUUUCUUACAGCUUUGCAAAGUUUUGAAUCUUACAGAGCAUCCCAUUUGCCAGAAACUUCUUGAUCCAUCCAUUUUCAUUCAUAAAUAUACUGCCAGUCUAUCGGGAGGCAAAAAUAAGGAUAUUUCUGAUGCAGCACUCACCAUUAUAGCUAGCAUGAAUCGUGAUUGGAUUCAGACGGGGAGAAGGCCCAGUGGGUUAUGGGGUGCAGCGUUAUAUAUAGCUGCACUUUCACAUGGUCUAACUUGUACUAAAUUAGACAUUUUAGAACGGGUCCAUGUUUGUGAAGCGACACUCUCAAAGCGUUUGAUAGAAUUUGAGAAUACAGAGUCUGGGAGCUUAACGAUGGAAGAAAUUAUUGCAAAGGCAGAAGAGCUUAGGGAAAAUUCAACAGAUCUGUCAAGUUCUAUGUUGAAGCCAUCAAACUCGAAAGGGCUACUUUGUCAACACAAGGGUACGAAGAGAGCUCCUUUGGCCUGUGGACUUUGUCAUGAGUGUUAUGAGUAUUUCAUAGGAUUUGAUGGUGGAUCAGAUCCUCCAGCUUUCCAGCUUGCUGAGAGGAAAAGGAAGGAUAAUCUAUCUGCUAUAAACAAUGAUCAUGUCUCAAAUUCACUCGAUAAAGAGUUGCACAGCCAGCAUAUUGAUAUAGAUGAAAGACUGCCAUUGAAAGAGCCAGCAGGCGUAGGUGAAGCUGCUCAGCGUUUUCCUACUGAUGAUGUUGAUUAUGGCAGAUUGCAUGAAGAUAUGAGUUCCAAAGCUCUCGAUGAAUCCGGCAACUUUUCUGAUAUUGAUGACGCGGAGGUUGAUGGCUACCUUCACAAUGAGGAGGAGGUUCAGUUCAAAAGGAUCAUUUGGGAAGAAAUGAAUCGGGAGUAUCUUGAGGAACAGGCAGCUAAAGAAGCAGUCGCAGCAGCUGCUAAGGAAGCUUGGGAGGCAAAAUUCAAGGACUGCCCAGAGAAAAUGCAAGCUGCAAGGGAGCUCGAAGCUGCUGUUGCUGAUGCUGUGGCUAAAACUAAAAAGGAAAGGCAACAAAAGCGUGCUGCAGAAGCAAAAAACUCAGUUCCUCCAGAGUCUGCUUCAGAAGCUGCUCGUCAAAUGCUGACAAAGAAGAGACUCAGUUCGAAAAUCAACUAUGACGCAUUGGAGAAACUCUUUGAUGAACGCGGCCCUGAAGAUGCAAAGAAACAACGAACUGAAUCACAUACUGAUGCUGAUGCUGAUGACAAACUUCUUGAAACAGAAGACAAAUAUUAUGAUUUGGGGCGAGAUGAUCAUAAUGAAAAUGAGGAUGCUGAAACAUAUAAUAAUAAUAACAAUUUUGAUUAUAGUUAUGAUUUUCAGGACGCCGAUGAUUACAGUUUUGAUGACACGUAGCCGGGCCAUACAGUUAAGUCUCUUGUUAUUCUUUUAAAUUUUCUUAAUAAAAAGCUGGGGAGAAGAGGAGCACAUUGUUUGAAAAUAUUAUUUCAUUUAUUUAGUUACUCUUAAGAAACUGCUGUUACUUUUAUAAACAUUUAUUUCAUAUGUCUAGUUACUCUUAAUAAACUGCUGUUAUUUUUAUAAACAUUUACAUCAAUAAUGCUCUUGGUAGCUAUUUUGAGCUA